AUGGCCCAGAUGGAACUGGAUGUUGGAGUCCCCGGUGCUUCUCCAGGUAUCAUCUCUUCCACAGAGAACUUGAAUUUCACAGAAGCCCAGGGACCCAUGAAGCAGGUGGGAAGUUGGCAGACCUUCGUAAUGUCUCAGGACACCUUGUCCUCCACGUUUCAUUGUGACUCCUUGGGGACAGUGUCCAGGUCUGGUGUGUUGACCUCGUCAUGCAGAGAGGAGAUGCCCACCUUGUGGAUGCUGAGGGUGGAAGUUCCUGAGAGAAGAACGUUGAGGAACAGACUUUCCCCAGUGGCCCUGGCACCUCCCACCCCAGACAUGCUGUUGCUGCUGCUGCUGAUCCUGCUCUUGGGGGGCUCAUGGACCAACAACGGCACCCUGAGCAUCAGAGAUGUCAGGAAAAGGGACCGGGGGACAUACUUCUUUCGAGCGGAGAGAGGAAGCAUGAAACACACUUACAAUUCUCCCCAGCUUUCUGUGGUUGUGACAGCAUCCAAAAUGCUGAGAGAAGAUUCAUCUCUUUGGGUCCUAGAAGGACAGUCUCUGUGCCUUGUCUGUGCUGUGAACAGUAACCCUCCAGCCAGGAUGUUUGACUGGAGACAGGCAGGCUCCUGGCCGCAGACCCUCAUUCUGAUUCAGGGGGCCCUCAUGAAGCCUGACUUCCUCCUCUCCUGUGGCCCCACCUGGAUCUACCACACCAGGUCCUGCUCUGAUGAGGUCACUGCUCUGACCUUGCCCCAUCUUCCUGUGGGGCCUCCUCUGAGUCUUGAGUUCUUAGUUCCUGAGAGAAGAGCCCUGAAGAUGAAGCUUUUCCCAGCGGCCCUGCAACCUCCCAACCCAGACAUGCUGCGGCGGCUGCUGCUGCUGCCUUUGUUCUGGGGCAUUGAGGGAAUGGAGGGACAGGGGCUGAAUGAGGAUGAUUACACACUGAAUGUCCGGGGGCCAGUGACAGUGCAGGAGGGCCUGUGUGUCUCUGUGCCCUGCUCCUUCUCCUACCCCCAGGACAGAAAGACUGACUCUGACACAGCAUAUGGCUAUUGGUUCCAGAAAGGGGCCAAGAUGAACCUGGAUGCUCCAGUGGCCACGAACAAUCCAGGUAGAAAACUGCAGGAGGAGACCCAGGGCCGAUUCUACCUCCUCGGGGACCCACAGACCAACAACUGCUCCCUGAGCAUCAGAGACGCUAGGAAGACGGACCAGAGGACAUACCUCUUUCGGGUGGAAAAAGGAAAGUUGAAAUACACUUACAGUUUUCCCCAGCUCUCUGUGGUUGUAACAGAUCUGACUCCCUACAUCCUCAACCCAGGGAUCCUGGAGUCCGGCCACCCCAGGAACCUGACCUGCUCUGUGUCCUGGGCCUGUGAACAGGGAAGGCUCCCCAUGAUCUCCUGGAUGGGGACCUCUGUGUCCCCCCAGAGCCCCAUCAGCACUGCCUCCUCAGUGCUCACACUCAUUCCGCAGCCCCAGGACCACAACUCCAGCCUCACCUGUCAAGUGACCUUGCCUGGGGCUGGUGUGACUGGGACGAGAACCAUCCAUCUCAAUGUGUCCUAUGCUCCUCAGAACUUGACGGUGACUGUCUACCAAGGAGAUGACACAACAUCCAAAACACUGAGAGAAGAUUCAUCUCUUCGGGUCCUAGAAGGACAGUCUCUGCAACUGGUAUGUGCUGUCAACAGCAACCCUCCAGGCAGGCUGAGCUGGACCCGGGGGAGCCUGACCCUGAGCCCCUCACAGCCCUUGAAUCCUGGAGUGCUGGAGCUGCCCCAGGUGCACCUCGGGGAUGAAGGAGAAUUCACUUGCCGAGCUCAGAACCCUCUGGGCUCUCAGCACGUCUCCCUGAGCCUCUCCCUACAGGGUGAGUUUUCUGGGGUGAUGUUGCCUGUGUCAGGAGUGAUGCUGGGGGUGCUCGCGGGAGCUGGAGCCACCCCCCUGGUCUUCCUGUCCUUUUGUGCCAUCUUCAUCGCACUGAGGUCACUCAGGAGGAAGUUGGCAAGGCCAGUAGCAGGUGAUGCGGAUGCGAGCAUGGAGGAUGCAGUGGUUGUCAGAGACUCCUGCUCUCAGGGCCCCCAGACUGGAUCCCAGGUAGACGACAGCACCCCAGACCAGCCUCCUCCAGUGGAGGCCAUCCCUUCCUCCAGGAAGGACCGAGAGCUUUAG